GUAGACCCCGAGCUUCACGAAGUUAGGCAUCUGACCAGAUUGACUAUAAUAUAUCCUUUAACUAGAAACAUAACAUAUUAUCCACAAGUGGUUUACAACUGCUAUAUACUUUUAAAAACUUAUGUGUAAAAUGCAGAACUAAAUUGAUUUUUGACUCGUACCACCGGUACAUCGAUUACUCUGUGUUUGACUGAAGAUGAGUUCACAACUGUCAGCUUCGCAGCAAGCACCUCCCCUUCCGAAAAGUCACUAAUAACUUCCGUUUCCACAUAGCAACGGAGACGCCGCAAGGGAAAGGAUUGCCAAGUGAAACAUGACAGAAGUUGAGGAGACCCUGAAGAGAAUAGAGUCACGCAAAGGUGUAAUUGGAACGAUUGUUGUAAAUGCCGAAGGUAUCCCAAUCAGAACUACUCUGGACAACUCCACCACUGUUCAGUAUGUAGGACUGUUGCAUCAUCUUGCCAUGAAGGCCAGAAACACAGUCAGGGAGCUUGACCCCCAGAAUGAUUUGACAUUCCUUCGUGUCCGAUCAAGGAAACACGAGAUCAUGGUGGCGCCAGAUAAGGAUUAUUUAUUAAUUGUGAUCCAGAGCUCAGGUGACUAGCUCCUAACUCCAGUGGUUUUUACUGCAACGUUCUCCAAACCCUCCACUGCCUGCUCCCUGUAUUCAGUCAGACCUCUCCGCCUUAUAAUGUACCAGGGAAACAUGUCUGCUUUUAUGCCAUUUGGCCUCAUUUCAAGAAAGCAUGUAAAAUACACUGAAUUCGAGGACUUUUCCUGCCAUGCUAAGCUUUUUCAGACUAGCAUAAUUUCUGUUGCAUUGAUUAGCUGCUAUAUAUUCUAAAGCUUUAGUAGAUUGAUACUUAUGUCUUAUGCUAGUUUUUGUUGUUACAUAUCCAGUGUAGUGCAUCUGGUUGGUUGUUGAGCUGUCUAAUCCACCUGGAUAUAUGAAGUAUUAAUAAUAAACACUAAACAGAAGCAGCAUCUACAA